AUGGCUCCCCAGCAAAUCCUAGACACACAUAUCCAUUUGUGGCCCUCGACAGCUACCUCAUCUUCGAAUCACAGUUGGAUGACGCGGGGCAACAUUCUCGCUAAACGUCACGGCAUCUCAGACUACCUAGCCAUCACCUCGCCCCCACCCCAAGGCUUCAUAUACGUAGAAACCGAUCGUCGGCUCCCCAGCGCCGAACCCAACAUUCCAGAUAGCGCCAGCUCUUCCGAAAUCCGCAAAGAGCUGGAGUCAUGGGCCAAAGAGCCUUUGGACGAGCUGCGAUUCCUGCGACGAAUUGCCGAGGGUACCCCAGAAGAAGGCGAUGGGUUCAUGCAAGAGCAUGGAAACCGCAUGUUUGGAUGCGUGAUUUAUGCACCUUUUCACCUUUCUCCCAAGGUUUUCAACGAGUAUUUGGCAAUCGCAAAGGAUGUUGCGGGAGAGAAGUUGUGGAGCAAGGUCGCAGGGUUUCGAUAUUUGCUCCAGGGGAAAGGAGACGGCGCGGUGAGUAAAAUGCUAAAAGAGCAGGGGGAAUGGUGGGAAAGUAACCUUUGUGCGUUAAAAGCGCUGGAGGGAACGAGCGACGCGUGGUGUUUCGAUGUUGGUGUUGAUACGCAUAGGGAUGGAGUGGAACCUAUGGAAGCCGUGGCUUUGUUAAUCAAGAGGGUGAGAGCGCGUGAAGAUAGGGAGGAUGCUGACGGUAAACGUGUGAAGUUUGUGCUGAACCACCUCGCCAAACCCCCCCUAUCAACAACAUCAAGCAACCAACCAAACCCCCGCUGGCUAUCCGCCCUCUCAACCCUCUCCCCCGACAAAAACAUCUACAUGAAACUCUCAGGUGCCCUCAACGAAUUCGAUAACCAGCCCACCCCCGCUGACGUCCCUACGCUACUAUCCGCUCUGACCCCCUACUUUGAACAUGCGUUCCAUUGCUUCCCCCAGCGGGUCAUGUUUGGCUCUGAUUGGCCGGUUUGUAAUGUCGGGGGACCCGCGGGUGAAGAGGGGAAUUGGGGCCUCUGGAGGGAUGUGGUGGAGGCGUGGAUGGACAAGGUGGGGAUGGCGGAGAAGGAGAGGGAGAAGGCUUGGUGGGGGGCGGGGGUUGAGGCUUAUGGGUUGGAGGGGUUGAAGGGGUGA